UUUCCGUAUUUCUUCUCUCCCAUCCGAUGCCCCAACUCGCCAUCAUCCUCACACCUCCAUAAAACCUACCACCUCACUACACACCUCCAUCGCUCCACCGUCUAGAAAUCAUCACAAAAUGGCAAGCUCUCUCGCGGCGACAGCCAGCAUUCCGAGCUCACACGCCUGCGCCUUGAUAACAGCCAGCGGGGCAUGUCUAGAAGCCCCAAAAUGGAACGGUUCCGACAUUACCACCCAUCCCAGAAAUACGGGACUCGAUUCUACUGGGGAUAACAGAAAUGCUUCUGGAGAUUGUAACUAUGUCUAUUGCUCUCUCACGGAACCGGAAACAAAGACGGAACGAGAGAGCGUCCGGACGCGCACGGAAACGGCGAAGGUCCCCAAGGAGACGGGAUCGAAAUUGGCACAUCUGGGCCUCUGUAUAGCGCUCUUGGGACUCGUUAGUGUGGCUGUAUAAAAAAUUCUUGUGAGGCUUUGGAUGAAUAGGACUUCAAGAGGGGUAUAUCUGGGUGGGCGUUUCAAAGGGUGGCAUCUUCGCCGCGAUUUCAAAAAGAUUCUUUUGUAUAUUUAUAUAUGUGGCGUUCAAAGCAUUCAAGGUGUUUCGGGG